UUGACAUCAGACGCAUGGCGCGAGAGCGUGCGUAAACACAUGACCGUGCAGGCGGAGCUACGACAGCGUCAAACACUUCUUCACGUUUCUACAAGCAAACAUCAACAGGCACCUUCACUGCUUGCUGUUAGAGGGAGGACCCCUGCUGGAGGAUGUCGUGCCAUCGGGUCUGCUUGUGUUACCUCAUGAAUCCCAUAGCAUUUGGCCCUGAAGUUAGUCACUAUCUCCAUUGAUGGCAAUUCCAUUUAAUAACACUGUCGGGGGUGUUAAUUAUGCUGAGGGCUCAGGCCAGCCUGUCUCAGGCUGCUGCUAAUGCUGUGCCCUAUGUUGAGUCUGUGGGACUCCAGCCUGCUGGAUCAACACAAACAAAGACCUUUUUCGCAUUUUCAGCACAAAGUGACUACGCACCUUAUUUCUAUGAUAAUGGGCCCAACAGUAGCAAUGGUAACAUGGCAUUGUUUAGUCUUUCAGAAGACACAUUGAAAGGAACGCAGAUUUAUGUUCUAAAUGGAAGUGACCCAGAAGGUCAGCCAGUCAAAUAUGGGCUGACCUUUGAAUCUGGAUCCAAGGAAUAUUUUUGUGUUCAUCCUCAAUCUGGAGAAGUAACUUUGAUAGAGGAGCUGGACAGAGAGGCACAAGAUGCAAUUGAGGUCUUUGUCAGUAUCUCAGAUGGCCUGAAUAAAGUUGUUGAAAAGGUUACAGUUUUUGUACUGGAUGCCAAUGAUGAGAGACCACAGUUUCAAAAUAUGCCCUCCAUCGUGGAUGUGCCAGAGAACACAACAUCUGGGAGCAGCAUUUUCAAAGUGUUGGCAGUAGACCGAGACACAGGUUCAGGGGGAUCGGUCACUUACUCCCUCCAGAGCACUGAACCAAACACAAAGUUUGCUAUUGACCACAACAGCGGUGUGCUGAGGAUAAAACCUGGAGAAGGCAUCGAUUAUGAGAAAUCUCGCACGCAUUUCAUCACUGUAGUGGCAAAGGAUGGUGGUGGCAAUUACAAGGGAAAACAAGUAAUGAUGACAUCAUCUGCCACCUUGACAAUAAAUGUGAUUGACAUUCAAGACACUCCCCCCAUGUUUGUUGGAACACCUUACUUUGGUUAUGUCUAUGAAGUCUCCUCACCUGGCUCUGAGAUAUUUAUAGUUUUUGCCAAAGAUGGAGACAUAGCAAAUCCAAAUCCAGUCAUUUAUUCAAUAGACUCUGGAGCAGAUGGAGUUUUUGCCAUUAAUAAAACCAGUGGCUGUAUUACACUGAAAGUAUACCCGACACAACUGAAAAGGGAAACUUUUAAUAUAAAAGUCAAGGCAUCAGAAGUCAAUCCAGAAGGGAAACUAAUGGACUAUGCUGUUACCACAGUGACCAUUCGGGUAGUGGAUCUCAACAACCAUCCACCCACGUUCUACGGAGAGAAUGGACCACAGAACACGUUUGAACUAACAAUGUAUGAACAUCCUCCAGUGGGAGAGUUUCUGAGGGGCUUGAAAAUCACAGUCAAUGAUUCAGAUCAGGGAGCAAAUGCAAAAUUCCACCUCAGAUUGGUUGGCGCAGGCCGCAUGUUACGGGUGGUUCCUCAGACUGUCCUGAAUGAAGCCCAGGUCACUGUCCUGGUAGAGGAUUCUGCUGGAAUAGACUUUGAGAAAUCAAAAUUUUUGACAUUUAAGCUCCUCGCUGUCGAGAUUGACACACCUGAGAGAUUCAGUGCUACAGCAGAUAUAAUCAUUCAUCUACUAGACACCAACGAUAACGCUCCAAAGUUCACCUCCGAUUUUUACAUUGCCCGGAUUCCAGAGAACUCACCUGGAGGCUCCAAUGUUGUGUCUGUGACAGCCACAGAUCCUGAUUCUGGUCUAUGGGGAGUGGUGAGAUACUCCAUCUACGGUUCAGGUGCAGACCUGUUUCUCAUUCAGGCUGAUUCUGGAAUCAUCUACACCCAGCCCUGGGCCAGUCUAGACGCUGAAGUAAAAUCCAAGUAUAACUUUUAUGUGAAGGCCGAAGACACAGAAGGAAAAUACAGUCUUGCUGAAGUCUUUGUUACCAUCCUGGACCUCAAUGACCAUUCACCAGCAUUUAAUGAAAACUCACUAGAGAAGACGAUGAUUAUCGGCGCACCGGUGAAAAUAGAGGCAGUUGAUGAAGAUGCAGAGGAGCCAAACAAUGUAAUUGAAUACUCCAUCAUGAAAACCGACCCAGACAACAUAUUUGACAUUGAUGCAGAUACAGGAGAAAUAAAGUUAAAGCCGUACAUCAAGUCUAUGGACAUUGUCCAGAACAUCACUAACCAGAGAGACUGUACCUGGUCUGUGGUAGUUCAGGCCAAAGACAGAGGUUCUCCAUCAUUUAGUACCACUACUAUAGUAAAGAUUGACAUCACAGAAGCGACUCAACUCAGGGGACCAUUGGCGUCCUUUUUAAUGAAAAGUAGAGAAAAUCCCAUGCAUAUCCUAGGCUUGAUUGGUGGUGUCAUUGUAACCGUGGUUUGUGUGACAGUCCUGAUCUCUACCGUUAUAUACAUAAGAAACAUAAAGUCCAACCGGAUCCUGCCCUCCCGGCGCAUCAUACGGAGGAAAUGUAAACCUCGGAGACGAGAGAACUUUCAGCAACCAUUUCGAGAGGAAAAUCAUGGAGAUCAUUUCAGAGAGAGGGGAUCUGAGAUUCCUACAGUAGAAAACGUCAACUGUAAUAACAACAGGAGUGCGUGUAAACAUCGAUCCCCUCCGUCACCUCCUAACGCCCCCGUUCCCCCACCGUUGCCAAGUCACUACAGGAAAAAAGACAGGGAUUGGACGGUACCUACAGUGUCUGCCUCCGUGGCGUCCAAGACAAAGAAAAGGUCUGUUAAGGAAAAAGACAAUCCUGUCAACACGGCACUGGUUUCUGAGCUCAAACUCAGACUGGAGCAGAAAAAGAUGGCUAACAGAUACUGAGUAUGUAUGCUUAAGUAUGAUUGCUUAAGUGAUGACCACAAGGACAAGAUCCCAGCAGGCAUUGGACACGUCUGCCAACUUGGCAAGCUACUUACUGAAUCUUUUCUAAUGCGUACAUUAGUUGGGGCUGCAAGUCAAAGCUAAUGGAUAAUUAAAAGACGUGUUACGGGAAACUAACAGCCUGCUAUCAUGCCCUCUUCUGGAUAAAAAACAAUCAUUGGUGUACCACUGUACCUACUGUAAGCUUCUUGGACAUUUCUCCAUCUUUGGUUAGUUUUCAUCUGGAAAUUUAAAAUACACGUAUAUUUACACUAUAAUUGUAAUAUAAGGGUUUUUCAUAAAAAGGGAAACUAACAAUGAAAAUAAAAUAUGCCUCUUCAUAGUCCUGUACUCACUAUGGUUUUUAAGUUAUUAAGGCCAGGGUAUACAGUAUAUGGAUUCUGGAUCUCAUAGAAUAUUGUCUGUUCCUUUAAAGAACCAUCACAAUGCCAAAUUGUUUAUAGAAUUUGUUGGUUUAUAUGAUAUUUUAUUUGACAAAACCUUUUGAUUGUUUAAUCCAGUAUUAUACUUUGUGUAAACCGUGCUAAGCAGAUGUCUAGACUAAAUUUUUUAAAAAGCUCCACUGACAAAAAAAAACAAUUAUUUUAGUACGAUUAGUACUAUCAUGUCUUUCAAUUAUUCAUACAUUAAGGCACACUCCAAAAGAUAGAGGUGCUUCACGAUGCACAAUUUUUUUUGUCUAAAUGGUUCCACAAAGAACCUUUAACAUCUGAAGAAUUCAGAUUAUAAAAAGGUAAGAAAGAGAUGGUUCUUUGUGGAACCAAAAAUGUUUCUUCUAUGACAUCGCUGUGAAGAACCUUUCAAGCACCUUUAUUUUUAAGAGUGCAACUGUGCAUGAUGUAAUGUACCUAAUCCCUUCAUAUAAUGCAGUGUUAAAUGAUUCUUGGAUUGCUCUCAAUUUAUGAACUCUUUUGUAUAUAAAUAUUUAAUGCUAAAUUCUUGUUUGUUGCUUUUUCUUUAGUUUAAUUUCUAGAAUGAGAAAAAAACUGUUUGUCUAUUGUCUAUAUUGUAAUAUGUUGUUUCUCUCUCAUACUGGCUAAUGAUCCAGUUGGUGACAAAUAAUUUGUACAAGUGAUCAUAGACACCCACAGUUAUCUAUCAUAAACUGUCCAGCUGCAGCUGUGGUUUGUGCUUUGCUGUCCUGCUGUGCUUGUUGUUUUUUGGGCUUAGCAUGGAGCUUAGAUUUGGUGCUCACAUUAAGAUUUUUAGGACAAGUUAUGAGUUUGCUCUCUGUGGCUUUCCUAAAUCUCUAAAUACGCACUGUCAUAUGAUAACAGUUCAUAAGAACACUGUUUAAUAUUAAGUCAAACAGUCUAUUUUAAACACUUGAUGGCUUUGUUCAAACACCCCUGCGCAUGAGACAAAACUGCUGUGAUGGCGAAAGUUCUGGUUACAGAUAGUAAAAGCAGCACUUGGGGGUAAAAGCACAAAUGUUGUGGAAUUAUACCCCAUAUAGGAAGCAAGGAGGAUUACUUGGUUUUGAAUGUUGCGUUUCUCUUUUAUCCUUGUGCAUCAGCGCACUUUGGAAGUUUGUAAUCCU